GAUUCUUCAUACCUCGAUGAGCUCUCCAACAACAACUCCCUCUUCUCGUCCCCCGCGGAUUCCCUCUCUGACAUUGCGGAUCCUAAGGACUUCUUGACUGCCGAUAGUCUGAACCACGUGCCAACACUAUGGGAUAUAAACACACCGCAGCAGAACCAAAUAGAGCUGUUCUCACCCAGCAGAUCGUUCGCUGGCUUAAACAGUUCGAAUGACCAUGCUCCUGCUGUCCCCAACACCCCGCUCCUCAUAAGCUACCAGGCUCAAACUCCUGCAGAGGAGGAGGAUGAAGGUGAGGAGGAAGAAACAGAAGAGUUGGGGCAAACAGAGACCUAUGCAGAAUAUAUACCUUCAAAGUCCAAGAUUGGGAAGCACCACCCUGACCUCGUUGUUGAAACGAGCACCUUAUCCAGUGUCCCCCCACCUGACAUCACCUACAGCCUUUCCCUGCCGUGCUCCGUUGCCGACAAAGGGUCACUCUCUGCACUACAGCUGGAAGCAAUCAUUUAUGCCUGCCAGCAACAUGAAGUUUUAUUACCCAAUGGGCAGCGAGCUGGGUUCCUCAUUGGGGACGGUGCUGGAGUUGGAAAGGGCAGGACAGUUGCGGGCAUCAUCUUUGAAAAUUAUCUUAAAGGGAGGAAAAAAGCUCUGUGGUUCAGUGUCUCCAACGAUCUCAAGUAUGAUGCUGAGAGAGACCUGAAGGACAUCGAAGCCUCCCACAUCCCUGUGCAUGCUUUGAAUAAGAUUAAAUAUGGUGACACAGCUACCUCAGAAGGAGUCCUCUUUGCCACUUACUCUGCGCUGAUUGGUGAAAGCCAGGCAGGCGGUCAGCACAGGACACGCUUAAAACAAAUUUUGGACUGGUGCAGGGAAAACUUUGACGGAGUUAUUGUGUUUGACGAAUGCCACAAAGCCAAAAAUGCCAGCUCUACUAAAAUGGGCAAAGCAGUGCUGGACCUUCAGAACAAACUGCCUCGAGCAAGGGUUGUUUAUGCCAGUGCCACAGGUGCCUCUGAGCCAAAAAACAUGAUUUACAUGAGCCGCCUGGGGAUUUGGGGAGAGGGCACCCCUUUCAGAGCGUUUGAUGAGUUCCUGCAUGCAAUUGAAAAGAGGGGAGUUGGUGCAAUGGAGAUCGUGGCAAUGGACAUGAAGGUCAGUGGAAUGUACAUUGCCAGGCAGCUCAGUUUCACUGGAGUGACCUUCAGAAUCGAGGAGAUCCCGCUGGAUCAGCAGUACAAGAUUGUCUACGACAAGGCAGCGAAGCUGUGGGCAGAGGCCUUGAUGGUGUUCCAGCAGGCAGCCGACUGGAUCGGCUUGGAGUCUCGGAAAUCCUUGUGGGGUCAGUUCUGGUCAGCUCACCAGCGCUUCUUCAAGUAUCUCUGCAUUGCUGCUAAAGUCCGGCGACUCGUUGAGCUUGCCAAGGAAGAGCUGGCGAAGGAUAAGUGUAUCGUCAUUGGCCUGCAGUCCACCGGGGAGGCUCGCACCAGAGAAGUCCUGGAUGAGAACGACGGGCAUCUAAAUUGUUUUGUCUCUGCUGCAGAAGGCGUCUUUCUAUCACUAAUUCAGAAGCACUUUCCUUCAACCAAAAGAAAGAGAGAAAAAGGAACUGGCAUUAAAAGAAAACGGAAGCAGAGGGGCCGCUGCGCCAAGGCUCUGAAGGGCAUGUGUGACCCUGUGGGUGUGAUCAAGAUCAGCGAUGACAGCAGCACCGACUCUGACAUGGGGCUCGACAGUGACUUCAACUCCUCCCCAGAGUCUGUGUUGGAGACGGAUGACGUCAUCUUCGUUGAGCACACCUACAAUGGCUUCGCAGCUGAGGACAGAAGUAAUUUUCACAUGCUGCCUUCCCAGAAAGAGAUGCAUGGCCUGAGAGAGCUAGAACACGUGGAAAAGAUGAAGCAGGACCUCCUAGCAAAAGUAAAAGCACUGGGCAAAGAGCUACCUCUCAAUACCUUGGAUGAACUGAUCAAUCACUUUGGGGGCCCGGAGCAUGUGGCUGAGAUGACGGGGCGGAAGGGUCGGGUAGUUUGCAGACCGGACGGCUCCGUCAUGUUCGAGUCUCGUGCAGAGCAAGGCCUCUCUAUAGACCACGUCAACCUGAAGGAGAAGGAGCGUUUUAUGAAAGGGGAAAAGCUUGUAGCAAUAAUCUCCGAGGCCUCCAGCUCAGGUAUCUCUCUCCAAGCAGACAGACGGGUGAAAAAUCAGAAGCGCCGGGUCCACAUGACGCUGGAGUUGCCCUGGAGCGCAGACCGGGCCAUACAGCAGUUUGGUCGAACACACCGAUCGAACCAGGUUUCUGCUCCAGAGUAUGUCUUCCUUAUCUCUGAGCUGGCAGGAGAGAGGAGGUUUGCAUCCAUCGUGGCAAAACGUCUGGAGAGCCUAGGUGCCUUAACCCACGGAGACCGACGGGCCACCGAAUCCCGAGACCUCAGCAAGUACAACUUCGAGAAUAAGUACGGGGCUAAAGCACUAGACAGAGUUCUCUCCACUAUCCUCAACCACACGGAGAACAGAGUUCCUGUGCCCAAGAGCUAUGACAGAGGGGAGGCUGCGUUUUUUCAUGAAAUGAAGCAAGGUCUCAUCUCUGUGGGCAUCUGCUGCAAUCAGAUGAAGUAUGGCACUGUCUCGGUGGAGAAGGACUGCUCCAUCACCAAGUUCCUGAACCGCAUCCUGGGUCUGGAGGUGGACAAGCAGAACAUGCUCUUCCAGUAUUUUUCUGACACCUUUGACUACCUGAUUGAAAAGGACAAGAAGGAGGGCAAAUACGACAUGGGCAUCCUAGAUUUAGCCCCGGGAGUGGAUGAGAUCUAUGAGGAGAGCAAAGAGGUCUUCCUGACCCCUGGGCACCCGCAGGAUGGGCAGGUCGUGUUUUAUAAGAUCAGUGUCGACAGAGGCUUAAAGUGGGAGGAAGCCUAUGAGAAGUCACUCAAACUGACAGGAUCCUUCGAUGGGUUCUACCUCUCCUACAAGAUGCGAGGCUGCAAACACACCUGUCUGCUGGCAGAGCAGAGCCGCGGGAAGAAUUUCAUCCUCUACAAGCCAAAUAUUGGGAAGCAAAGCCAGCCUGAGAGCCUGGACAGUCUGCAGAAGAAGUACCGGCGGGUGCUGCCUGAGGAAGCCAAGAAGCACUGGGAGAAUAGCUACAACUUCUCCUUGAAGAACUGUAACCAUGCUGUCUGGAACAGGAGCUGCAAGCUGAUCCAGGAGGGGAAGGAGUGCUUCCAGGGCAUGCGCCUGCGUCACUACUACAUGCUGUGUGGGGCCCUGCUGCGGGUCUGGAGCAAGAUCGCCAGUAUCAUGGCAGACAUCACCAACACCAGCUACCUGCAGAUCGUCCGCCUCAAGACCAAGGAGAAGAAGAAGCAAGUUGGGAUAAAGAUCCCCGAAAGCUGUGUCCGUAAGGUGCUGGAGGAGCUGAAGCAGAUGGACGAGAACGUGAAGCGAAAGCACAACCGACUCCUCCAGGCCCAAGAGCAGAGCCAGCAGUUCUCCCUGCCGCUGCACAUCCUGCCACAGCCCCUGGACCUCACACACAUGGGGCCCGGGGUCCCCCUGCCCAGGCACUCCCUGCGCCAGGACGAGAUCCUGGACUUGACCUACAGCCCUCCCAGCAACAGCAUCCCUGACGUGGUGAUGAACCCAGAGCCCGGGGCAUUGUGCUUCCCCUCGGAGCCCGUUCUCCAGCCACACCAGCAGCACAGAUUACCCUUUGGCUUCAGCCACCCUUCUGCUUUCAAGAGCCCGGCCUCCGUCCUGGAGGGGAAUGUGCCUCUGAGCUCCUCGCUGCAUGAACACCUGCCUCUGCCUCACCCAGGACCCUUGCAGACACUGCAGCAGCAGCAGCAGCAGGAAGAUUUUGUCCAACAGGAUGGGAAUAUCAAUUUUAGAGAGAUCCUGGAGGACAUGCUAAGGACGUUAAAUGGGGCCCCCCAGGAGAACAUGCUCCCCCAGGAGCGCCAGAGUGUGAUCCAGUUCAGUGGGCCUUUCCCAGACUUCUGA